GGUCCACUUUACGCUGGUCCUUGUCGCCAGUUCUGAAGUCGUUCUAGCCCUUUUCCUGCUUCCACCCGGCCAUGCUUUCAGCCAAGAGCCUCUGUGUGUUUCUGUGGUUCGCGGCGGUCGCGGCGUUCGCCCCUGCAGACAAGAUGACAGCAGUCACGGUGUACUGGGAUGCCGAACAUAAGACGGUCCUGCUCAAGGAAGGGGUGCUGGAGACGGAGGGGGAUGCAUACGGGUACCUGAACGACACCCUGUCCAGUACAGGCUGGAGCGUGCUAGAGAUCCGCGCCGGCUACGGACAGACCCCAGAGACUGACGAGCUCACCUUCUUCCUGGCCGGCUACCUCGAAGGCUUCCUCACCGCCCAGCAGAUGAUGGACCACUACGCCAACAUGUACCCGCAGCUCAUCCAUGACCCGAAGAUCCUCGGCCCGGUUCAUAGUUUCAUGGCGAAGCAGGACUCAUGGGUCAGAGAACAAGUGAGGCAGAACAAGAGCUGUGAUCCUCUGUGGAAGCAUGCAGGCUUCAUCGUGGCCCAGAUGGACGGACUGCACGCGGGUGUAAGGGACUGGGCCAAGAAACAAGGAAAAAAGCCGCUGUCCCUGUUUGCCAUCCAGUUCCUGAAUGCAGUGGGAGACCUCCUGGAUCUGAUCCCGGCCUUGGUCCCCGGCUCCAGUCCCCCACUCAGAGACUUCAAACUUCCAGGGAUGGGACACUGCUCUGCGCUCAUCAAGAUGCUUCCUGGCUUUGAGAACCUCCUGUUUGCCCACUCCAGCUGGUACACGUACGCUGCCACCAUGCGGAUCUACAAACACUGGGACUUCCGCAUCACUGAUCCUCACGCGGCCACGGGGAAACUGUCCUUCAGCAGCUACCCUGGCUUCCUGGUGUCUCUGGAUGACUUCUACCUCUUGGGCAGUGGUCUGAUGAUGACCCAGACCACCAACAAUGUCUUCAACUCCUCCCUUUUCGACAUGGUCACCCCCCACAGCCUGCUGGCAUGGCAGAGGGUCCGGCUGGCUCACAGUCUGGCUCGUACCGGAGAGGACUGGGCCAAGACCUUCUCCAUGUACAACUCUGGUACAUACAACAACCAAUACAUGGUGUUGGACAGGAGCAAAGUGAAGCUGGGCCACAGUGUUGAUGACGGUGCUCUGACUGUGGUGGAGCAGAUCCCCGGCCUGGUGGAGUACUCGGACCAGACACAGGCUCUGCGCAGAGGUUACUGGCCGUCCUACAACAUACCUUUCCACAGGAAGAUCUACUCGCUCAGCGGUUACGGAGAAAUGUGGAAAGCGCACGGAGAGGACUUCUCCUAUGAUCUCUGUCCCAGAGCCAAGAUCUUCCGCCGCGACCAGGCCGAUGUCAAGGACCUGGACUCCCUGAAGCACAUCAUGAGGUUCAAUGACUACAAGAAGGAUCCGUACUCCAAAGGUGACCCCUGCAAGUCCAUCUGCUGCCGUAACGACUUGAGGUCAGAGAGGCCUUCGCCAGGAGGUUGCUAUGACACUAAGGUGACAGAUUUCCAAAUGGCUGGCGACUUCAGUGCGGAGGCAGUGAACGGGCCGACCACACAGGACGGACUCCUGCCGUUCUCUUGGGAUAAAUUCAGCAGCAUCAGCCACCAAGGUCUGCCGCAGUACUACAACUUCACCUUCGUCAGGAUGCAGCCUCUCCUGUUCCAGCCAUGAGGUGUGUGUGUGAGAGAGAGAUGAAAACAGAUGCUUUUGUUCUAAUAAUACGUAUUACUGAAUUCUCAGGGUAAAAGGUACAAUCUGUUACUAUUACGGUUCAUUCAUCUGUGAUUUUAUUUUAUCUGCUGCUUAAGGAUCAGAAUUGCGUCCCACCAACAUGUGCUCCCUUUUCAAUGUAAACAUUUGCUGAGUAACAGUUCUUCAUUCCACCUGAUAAAAUGCGAGACUUGCCUUUCAAUCUGUUAAACAGCCAAAUUGAUUUUAAAUCAGUCCUGUACUCAGGAUUGAUUAACUUUGGAAUACAGUAGAAAUCAGAAGUGUCUUUAAAACCUGCAGCCACUUGUGCCUUGAACACUUUGUGAUAUUGUGAAAUGCAGACGUCUCGUCCUUUUGUGCUGAUUUUUUUCUGAAAUGCUUGAAUGUGUCCAUAAAUGAAAACACUAUCAUUGCAAUGGUAAAUAAAAACAAUCUGUGCAAUGCCAUUCUCAGGGAAGUUGGGAGUGUGAUCAAUUUUUUUUGCACUGUGCAAAAUGAAAGUCAGGUUUUAGGUUUGUACUUUUGAACAAGCCUUUGUUUCUUUGUGAAAUGCUGCACAUUCUUUUAUCGUGCUAUGAUUUCAUGUGUUAAUGGAUUUAUUAAAGUGUUGCUUCUUGCA